AUGGCACCUCUUCGAACUGCUCUCCUCGCCUUGAUGGCAACAUCCGCUACUGUUUACGCCGAACACCUCAAGGUCGUCUGGUCAUCCGGGGGCUUCUCAACCAUCUCCGGCCCAUCUGGCGGCAACACAAACGGUCACUACAGUGGCUUCGCAAUUAUCAACGAUGCCGGUGAAGCUAUCUACGACCAGGGCUUCCCUGAUGACCACUCGCCCUGCUACAACACUGGUGACGGCCGUGAAUUCACCAUCGAGGGUGACUGCUGGAGCUCUCCCCGAAAGUUCAAGUGCAAGGCGGACUUUGGAGGCCACCCGGAUACAUGUGAGGUCAAGGAUGGCGAUGGAAACAGCCUUGGAAAGGGUGAUGGCCAGACCGAUACGACCUUCAUUGGUAUCUCCAUUGGCCAAGACGCCAGCUGUGUCGUAGAGUUCGACUCCGACAGUGAUGGCUGCCCUGUUGAUGAUGGCAAUGGUCCCCUGCAUGUUACCUCUGGGUAA